GCCAGGUGGCGAACGAUGUCUAGGCGCGUUCGUGCUUCGUCUUCAAUCGUGCUGAGAACAGCGAGAACCGCGUGAACGAAGUAACUGCCGUCCCGCCUCAAGUUAGACAGCUCUGCAUUCUACCACCGCGGCUGCAGGCGACAACAGUUGUUGACUACACCUGCACGAGGCCAGCGGCGCGCAACAUGGCAGCGUCCAGCAGCAGCGGCAACGGUGGCGUCGCCGCGACGGUCCCGUCGCCCAGCGAAAGUGAAACGCCGGAAGCUCGUGCUGUGGCCAUCCAGCGGAAGCUGGACAACGCUUAUCGGCAGAUUGUGUUCCUCGACCGCGAUAUCCGCGACCUGAAGCGCCUCUACAAGCGUGCCGAGAGAAACAACAGCUGCGCUUUUCGCUACAACAUCCGCAUGAAGGUGUCCAUCGCGAGUGGCAUAAAGAUGAUGUACUACCACUACGCCAAGAUCAAAUUGGCCGAGCUGGAGCGCAUCACGAGGCAGAGAAACGCGCCCAACAGCCUGCGACGACGCUGAUCGCCACAAGUGAAUGACAGGGUUCAUUCAAGUUUAUCGUGGAUCUUCCGUCAAGUGCAGCAGUGCUCGGCCGGAGGCCGUCGUGCCGACUUCCCGAACCGUGUUUGUUCACGCUCUACCGUUUUUAUUUUUACGUUUCUGUGAUAGACUGAAGAAAGUCAUAGUUAAACCAAUGCGGCACGAAACGCCUCGUGCCUGCAAAGCGCAGAGUUCAUGCGGCGACUUGGAACUCAAGUGCGCAUCAUGCGAUUUCCAUGGGAGGCCGCCUCUGUGCGUGAUGUUCUUCGAAACCCUUGGCACGUUGAGCAUGGACGAGCCACUACAGACCUUCUUUGCGAACAGCGAUGUUGGUGCUGUGCGACCUGCAACAGAAGCCUCUGAAGAUGGCGUCUUUAAAAUAAAGCCGUUAAGGCAACCCGAACACCACGACAGCCACCAGGGCAUAGCGAAACUAUACCUCGUAAGGAGUCAAGUCCGUGUGACGAUGUCACUCUGACCAAAGCUUCAUGUCUGUUUGCCCAAGCUUCUUUCUUGGCUUGACGAGUCUGUUUGCUUCACAGUUUAACUGUGCCACUAAUUGUUUCGUUUCUUUCUUUCUUCUUUUUUCCAUGAACUUCUAUCUAAAAUACAAUGUUGGAUGUUGGCUAGUCAACUUUCCCUUAGUUUGGAUAUUACGGUUUCAACAUUCUUUCGGAUAUAAACACUUGCACUGUUUCUGUUUGAUGGCUAUUCUACCCCAGCUUUGUUGCAAGUUUAUUUGCCUCUCAGUUCAACUGUGCCACCAGUUUCUUGCUAUGCAUUCCUCUCUUAAGUAUGGUGUUGGUUGGCCAUUGUUCCCUCAUUUUUUCGCACUCUCAUAUAUUUAUAUUCAUUCACUGUAGGUAAGUGGUAAUCCUGUAUUCAGAUACCAUGAUCCACAUUGGCAUUAACCACUUGGUGUAUCAUAUGAUACACAUAGAAAAAGCCAUUCAAAUUUUAUAAAAUGAAAACAAAUAAAAACCUUACGUUCA